CCUAUGAGCAGCCGGCAGCACCCCCUAGCUGGCAGCUAUGUACUGAGGAGAGUGGGAGGAGGAAAUGGAAGAGGAGGGGGGAGUUUGGGAAAGAAUGUGUGGAAUUCAUUUCCUGUUCUGUGGCUCUGAGAGUUUGAUAGACGAAGAGUGAGGAAACAUGAAGGAGUGAAGGAAUGCCCAAAUAUUCUCCGGGUUCUCUCCCAAAAGCAGCGGCGGCAUCGCGGGGAGCGGACGGACGUCCGCCAGCCAGCCAUGGCCCAGCCUCUGCUCAAGAGAACUUUCUCCCGGCUGCGAGGCAAGAACAGAUCCCGCAGGAAGACGGAACCUCAAGUCAACGUUCAUUCCGAUGUUAUACUCCACAACUCCUGUCCUCCUUUGCCAGCAAUGACAAGUAAGUCCAGGAAGGCAGAGGCAGACCCUGCCCCCCCUUCACCCAUCCACCUGACGAAGAGCCAGCAGUGGGUGUGGCCGGGAUCAGAAGCUCCGCCCACAUCACAAAACUCGGAUGCAGACAGAAACUCAGAGGCUCCGAAGUUAAUUCGGGAUAAGGUGGCCUCGCAGCCAGCAGGCGGUUCCACUAAAACAAGCACAACAAUCAGCAGCAAGCUGUCCGGCAAGCGGGCCUACCUGAAGAGCUUGGAUCGCAGCAGUCGAGACUGGGUGCUGUCCUCUGGAAAGUCCGACACUUCGGACGAGGCCUGCGGACGGUGGCGGGAAAGCGGCAGCGACAUUUGGUACAACCCCAUCCCGGAGGAGGAGGAGGACCCGGCCGGACAAGGUCGGCCGAGGAGGGAGCUGAGGCCGGGCCGAGCGGAGAGCAGAACGCAACAGAGUCACGCGUGCAAAGAGGGACCUUCUCCGGAAGCCAUCAGCCGCCAUGUCGAUCAAUUCACUGCAGAAAGCUCAGACUUUCAUCCGGCCUUUCCAAAGAAAGGGGGUGUGAUUGACAGGCUGAGGUCUCCUGGCACAGUGAGGAAACUCUCGCUAAAGAUGAGGAAACUUCCAGAACUGACACGCAAACUCAGUCUUCGCUCCUCCCGUGUUGGGCAAGGAAGCGACAGAGUGGCAGGAGGGGACGAAAGCACCAAUAAGAACGGCUCCAAUCACAAUGUCAUCAGUAGAUAUCACCUGGAUAGCUCCGCCCCUCGUGCCUUGCCCCUGCGGCGGUCAUCGAGAGUUCGCUCAGCCAGUAAAGGAGGUCAAGGAGGUUAUCUUAGUGACGGAGACUCACCUGAACUGCUUCCACGGCAAUCCGGUGAUUUGGCUUCAUUCCCACUCUACGUGGGCUCUGAACUGUCACGAUGCGGCCAGCGGAUAACGGGUUUACUGACCGUUCACCUUGUGGGCCUGGAUCAGAUGAAGACAAAGAAGUCAGAUGAAAGCAAAGAGAUUUUUCUGGCAAUCCAGAUCGAUGGAAUCACUCGAGCCAGGACUUCCCUCCUUAACUUGCAAGGCCACACCGUUGCUUUAAACCACACGUUCCACCUGGAGCUGGAGAGAGCGCGUCAACUACGAGUGGUGGUACUUACAUCAGCUCAGCCAAAGUUGGACCGGAUCAGGAACAGAGUUUGCUGUCUCGGGGGAGUCACUAUCCCGCCGCUCUUUAAAGGAAGUCGCAGUCAGCAGCUGUGUGUGAAGUUGGAACCCAGAGGUCUUCUUUACAUAAAAGUGUCACUGCAGGAACAAUGGGACAUGCAGUUUGGUAGCAACUCAACAGCCUCUGCUAAUGUGUUUGGGGUUGAACUGCGUCACCUGGUGGAGGAAGAAGGAUCCGCUUCUGCAGUUCCUUUGCUGAUCCAGAAGACUGUGGCAGAGAUUGAACGCCGAGGACUGAAGGCUGUGGGUCUGUACAGACUGUGCGGUUCUGCUGCGGUGAAGAAGGAGCUCAGGGAUUGGUUUGAGAGGAACAGUUCAGCUGUGCGCCUCGGAGAGGAUCUCUAUCCCGACAUUAAUGUCAUUACAGGCACACUGAAGGACUAUCUGCGGGAGCUACCAUCUUCACUCAUUACAGCGACUUUGUACGAGGUCGUUAACGAAGCUAUGACCCGACGGCCCCCGCCCAUCUCAACGGUGAGCCCUGACCCCCAGUUAUCCGAGAACACCGUGGAGCUGCUGUCCUGUCUGCCGCCACCAGAGAGGGCCACUUUGACUCUGCUGCUGGACCAUCUCAGCCUCGUGGCACACUUCAGCUCUUGCAACAGGAUGACACACCAAAACCUGGCUGUCUGUUUCGGCCCGGUCCUCCUCAAACAGACCCAGGAGGGCUGGAGGGGAGACGGCGCGAAAGGAGGACAAAAGGGAGGGAAGGCUUUGAGUCAAGGAGAGGAUUCAGCCAGUGCGGUUGAUUUCAAGCGACACAUUGAGGCGUUGCACUACCUGCUGCAGCUGUGGCCGGUGCCGACGGACCGAAUCCCAGCAGACGACAGCGCUGAGGUCUCCUCUCCUUCUUCCACCAUCGUGACCUACAAGAGCCCAGACCAUCCUGUUUUGGAGGAGGAGGAGGAGGAGGAGGAGGAGGAGGAGGCGGAGGCGGUGGUGUCGCGUCGCGGGCGAGACGGUGUGGCCCGCCUGGAUAGUCCACCCCCCGUCAACCGCUACGCUGGCGACUGGAGUAUUUGCGGGCAACAUCUUCCGUCCGGACAGGAAGCCGAUUACGAUGAGGUGGCAGGAAGUGAAAGUGACCAAGGCAGUGAAGAUGACGAAGAGAAGAAAGAAGCCUGGUUUCCAGGAGGUAGCAGAGCGCUCUAUGCGGAAGACGUCAUGGAUUUUGAUGCUCCGUUUAACUGUCAACUCAGCCUGAAGGACUUUGACAGCCUGAUUCACGACCUGGACCGAGAGCUUGGCAAACGCAUCAACAUAUGCAUGUAGACGGGGAGGAGGAGCUGAAGCCAAAAACAAACACUGUCAGGUGGACCAGGUUCGAGCUCAUCGGGCAACCGAUUGUCUGACAAGGAAGUCGAUGAGCAAAUGAUACGCGUCUCUCUCGUAUGAGCCAAAUGUUGACUUUUUGCACUGUUCAAGCCAUACUGAAAACUGCACUCAGAUUGAGACUUUUGGUGAAUUUUCCAAAUUGGGGAGAUUCGCCGUCAACUAAAUAUGCCCUAUGAGCCAAUUUGGAAUGUUUGAAGGUUCAGGCCAUGCUCGAAUCCUAAAACUGAUAACUAAAGUAUUAAACCACGCGUAUCGUUUCCCCACGAUGUUACACAGCAGGGCGCCUCCUAGUGUCAGCGUGAUUCCGUUGACUCUCUUUUGGUUCUGCUUACUGAUGCUGACUAGUAUUAAAAGGUACCAAGUUCACGGAUGCGGAACAGUAUUCACAGUCCCAAGAUAACGUAUGCUAAUCGGCAUUCAUGUUACCAAGUCCGCGACUGAUGCUCCCAGCUGAGCACUCCCUGAUCAUGUGUCAGUAUUAUUGUGUUUUGCACAACAUCACAACGCACUUGUUUUUGUAACCAAAGUAUGCACAGCAGCUUGUCUGUCUACAAAAUAAAACAUCACUUUUCUCUAAAA